AUGGUAUAUGCGACUUUAUUAAGUGAAGAAGAUUUGAGUCGAUUUAGAACAAAACAGUGUAAAAGAUUAUUAAAUGGUGGUUGUAAUUUUGGGUUAGAUAGAUGUCAAUAUAGCCAUAAUGAAUUUUGGAAUAGAAGAUGUCCAUUUUAUUUAAGUGAUUCCUCUUUUAUCCGUUAUAUAACAAUAAUGUGUCCAGAUGUAGAAACAAAAAGUGAUGGUUCUAUUAAUAGUUUAUGUUUAAGGGGAGGUGAAUGCCCUUUUGCUCAUUCCUCUGAAGAAAUUUUAUACCAUCCUCUUUUUUAUAAAACAAAAAGAUGUGAAGAUUAUAAAAAAGGAUCAUGUAAUACUUACUAUUGUCCUUUUAUACAUGGUUUAGCAGAAACGAGAGUACCAGGAAAUUAUAAGUUACCUUUUACUAAUGGUAUAAAUAUUCCAAGUAUUCCUAAUGUCAUUAUUGUUGACAAAAUAGAUAUAUGCAAUAAGAACAGUAAUGGUUUAAUUAAUGAUAAAUAUGUUAAAAGUUUUUCAUUAAAAAAAAAAAGUGAUUUAAAAUUAGAAGAUAUGAAUGAUAAUGAUGUACAUAGUAAUAAAAUGAAUGCUAUGACUUCAACCGCCUAUUCUUCUGUUGAUUCCAUUUCUAAUAAAAAUGAUAUACCGAAAAUUAAUAUAGGAAAAAUUGCUUUAUCAUUUAAUGAUAAUUUAUUAAACUAUUCUGAAGAAGAUCUAAAAUUAAAUUUAUUUAAUAAUACUCCAUUUGAAAACUUAAACAAUUAUACAAGAAGUAGAAUAAAAAAUUCUAUUAAUUCAUUUGCUAAUUUUGAUGCAAACAGUAAUAAUACAAAUAAUUCAAAUAUUUAUUCCUCAAAUUAUAAUGAACUUAUUUCUAAUAAAAUGAAUGGAUUUACUGCAAAAAAUGGGAACAAUUUUUCUAUUAGUUCAAAUAUUUCUAAUAAUAUUAUAGAUUCUUUAAGUGCAAAUCAGAACUUUAAUAAUUUCAAUACUUUAAAAUUAAAACAAAAUCAUUCAAGUUGUAGUACAGCCGCACAUGAAAUCAAUUUCAAUGAACAAGAAGCUACCAGUGAUGAUAUAAAUGAUGAUGAAGAUGAUUAUUUAGAUAAUGAAGAAAAUUUAAAUACAUUAAUUCAAAAUAAAAAAUGCGAUUCGGAAUCAUUAAAUAGUGAUAGUAAAUUAAACUGUAAUUUAAAUAGUACAGAAAAUGAUAAAAACAGUGAAAUUAAUUUGUUAGAAGUUAUCAAAUGCUUAAAAACUUUAUAUGAUAAAAUAAUCAAAGGUAAUUUAGUUUUUACUCAAGAGCAAUGGGAUAAUAUUGCACAAAUUGCUUAUGAAAUUAUAGGAGUAGUUGAAUUUAACAGAGUUUUGAAAUUAAAAAAAACUGCCAACAAAAUAAAAAAUGACGUUUAUAAUAAAAAUAAGGAAUUUUUAUUUGAUGAAUUAAAAAAAAAUGAAAAGGAAAGAGAAAAAGAAAAUGGAGAAAUAAAAAGAAAAGAUCAUGCAUUUUUAAUAGAAAAUAAGAAAGAUUAUACUAAUGAAUUCAUGGAAUACGAUUCUGAAAAAGAUAAAAUGAUAAAUAAAAUAAAUAAUGAAUUAGACAAAAAAAAAGAUAUUAAUAUAAAUGGUGCAAUGGAUACAGAAGAAAAUAGUAUAGUGAAUUUUUAUCACCAGCAAGUUAAAGAAAAUUAUUUGGAUGAAAAAAAUGAAAAAGAUUUAUUAUCUAUAAAAAGGAAAUUUCAAACGAGUCCAGUAACUUCUAAUAAUGAUAAUAAUGAAAAGGAAACUGAUAAUUUGGAUAAUAAAAUCCCAAAUUUUAAAGAUAAUUAUUUUUUAGAAUAUUAUAAUUUAAAUAAAAAUAAUGUUAGCUCUACAUUGGAAAUGAAGGAUAAUAAUGAAAAACUUCCCUCACAACAACAGUUCGUAUCUUUUUUUUCUUUUUUAUCAGAAUAA